AUGAGCUCCAUAUCAGCAAUCAGGUUCAACGCUACAAAAUCACCUGCAAAAUCGGCAAUAAUUUUUCUCCAUGGGCUUGGUGACACUGGUGAAGGCUGGUCUUGGUUGCCACAACUAAUUAACCAAACGCAUUUGGUCUCCGAUGCGCAAUCAAUCAAUUAUGUAUUCCCUAAUGCACCACAAAUCCCAAUCACAGUCAAUGGUGGUAUGGUAAUGCCUGGUUGGUUUGACAUAUAUGAGUUUGGUAACCCAAACGCCAGGCAGGACAUUGAUGGAUUCUUCAAGGGUUGUGACAUUUUGAAAGCUCUUAUUCAGGAACAAAUUGAAAAGCACAAUAUACCAGCACACAAGAUUAUCAUUGGUGGGUUCAGUCAAGGUGCCGCUGUCUCAUUGGCAACAGUUUCGUUGCUAAACUUCAAAAUUGGCGGUGUUGUUGCCUUGUCUGGCUUCUGCGCCGUUAGUGACGAGUUGGAAAAACGAUUAGUGAAGGAUGUAAACUUUGACACUCCCAUUUUCCAAGGACAUGGUACUGUGGAUCCACUUGUUGCUUAUGAUUUUGGGAAACGCACUAGUGAGCUUUAUCAUAAAUUGGGAUACAAAAAUUUGUCAUUCCAUACAUACCCAGGGGUGGCCCAUAGUGCCAGCGAAGACGAGUUGAUAGAUGUUGUUAAAUUUAUAAAGGACGUUAUAGAAAAAUAG